CCAGCGGGGCCCCUCCCAGAUAUGUCAGCGGUGAUGUUAUUAGGUAACUAUGGCAGGGAACCUGCUCGGCUGCGUCUCCCAGGGGGUCAGGCUUCCCUGGUUACCAACAGUACAGUCACUUCUUGCUCUGUUCCAGAAGGCAGCAAACACUGUCACUCAUACUGGGGCACUGACACUGCUACUGGGACACUGACAUUGCUACUGGGAAGCAGAGCAUUCAUUCAGGUGGGAUUCCCUAGGGAAGAGAGACAGGGGACAGAGGCCGACAUUGGGACAGACUGAGCAUUCAUUUGCUGGGGGAGAAGCUGCACAGGACCCCAGAGGCUGCAAAGCCAGCGGACAAGCUCCAGCCAUUGUUCCAGAACAUAUACUAUUGCCGUCUCUACCAUUUAGCACAUGUUCACUGAAGAUGCCAGGAUACCACUCUUCCCCUGUUCAGUAUUCAUCACUUCCAUAUGUUGUUACAACCCUGCAAAGCACGGCUAUACCAACAUUUAGAUUCCAGCCGCGCAGAGAUGGAAUUGACUGGAGGCGUUUCAGUGCCAUUGAUAUUGAAAGGCUCACUCGGGAGAUAGACAUAAACACGCUUCAGGAGAGCAUCAAUUCCAUAACCUUCUGCAAUCUGGAUGGGGAGAGGUGUCCUUAUUGCCAGCAGCCAGUCGACCCUGUGCUCCUGAAGGUUCUCAAGAUGGCACAAAUGAUCAUUGAAUAUCUAUUGUAUUGCCAAGAGCAUCUACGCAGCAGGGAAGCCCAGCUAGAGGAGCGCUUGGCUGAGGCAGACGCUGAACAUGAGCGCACUAAGGAUGAGCUGGCCAAACUGGCUGACGAGAUGAAAAAAGUCAAAGAGGAAAGCAAGAGAAGAAAAAAGUUUAUAGCUACCCAACAAAUGCUAUUACAGGCCGGAGCUAACAACUAUCACAAGUGCCAGCUGUGUGAUAAAGCCUUCAUGAACUACUCCUAUCUUCAGGGACACAUUCAGCGCAGACACCCUGAAAUAACAGAAACUGAAAGACAAAAGAGGAAGCAGGUGGAGCAAAUGGAAGACGGCAUUGAGGAACUGAAAUCUAAACUGCUGAAAACUCAGGCUCUUCUUGAGGAGGAACGGGAAAGGGAGCAUAAAAGAAAGCUACAGGAGGCUGAGGAAACACGGCAUCGGGAAGAAACUGUAAAGAUAGACUUUGAGCGAUGGAAAGAGGAGGAGAGAUCCAAACGUCAAGACGAGAUGGAAAAAAUCAUGCAGCUAUUCCAUUCUCAGUUUCAGGAAGUCACCCUUAAAAACUGCCCUUAUGAAAAUAGAUUUCACAACCUGGAGGGUAAGAAUUCCAUGAUGUCCAGUCUUGUGGAUGCAGAAGAGCGACUUGAGCAGAAAAGGCUGCAGGAAGAACUGAAGAACUUGAAGGAAGCGAUGAAUCACAAGCAUUCAGGAUGGAAAAAGAAGCUGAAGGAGAUCCAGAGGGAGAAUGAUGCUGAAAAGCAAGAGCUUCAAUAUGAGAAUGAAAGACUGAAAGCGUCAAUGUCAAGAGACCAACAAGCAGUAGAUGAACAGGCCACUAAACAAAUGCAAUCUCUCAAAUCUCAAAUAAAGAAGAAGAACAAGCUGAUCAAGAACUAUGAACAAACUAUUGAGGAUCUAUCAAGAAGCAGAGAAGUUCCACAAGUGGCACAAGUGGUUUUACCUGUUGGAGCAAUAAAAGAUGAAGCAUCUGAAGAUGAGCUUGACUACUCUUUCAGCCAGAAUCUGAAAUACAUACAGGAUUUGCGAAGGAACCCAGACUUCAUUAAACAGUUUCGUCCUGUGCUGGAGCAGACUUUGAUUGAGAAGCUUGAGAGCCUUGGAGUCAAAAAGGGCGCCAAAGGAAUAAAUUCAUCUACACGCAAGAAUUUGAUAACACUCCUGCAGACCCAACUAGAGCAGAAAGUCCGCAAACAUCCAGAAAUACAAACAAUAAGAGCCAAGAUGGUUAAAAAGUUGAUACAGAUGGUGAAACAGUGGCAGAAGAAUGAGGAAACUCAUCAAUACCAGUUUUCCCCAUUAUCAAGUCAGAAACCAAUUAAUCAGCGCACUAUGCCUCCAUCUGAUGAAGGGACAUCACAAGCCAGAAACAGAAAUGUCCUAAUGGUUGGUGCUCAGCAGAGUCCUAACAAAGCACCAGUUCCAUUUCCAAGGGCCAAAGCAACAGGGCGGCAGAAUUCAGCAGCAGAGGCUAAUGCUAUUGUAACUGCAAGGACCCCUCCUUUUACUUCAGAAGAAGAUUCUUCCAUGAUGGGCUAUGGGUCCUUUCACACCCCGUCACACAAAGCCUCAAAAGACACACAGCAGAGUUCCAGACUUAAGAGGCAGACCGAAGUAGACAGUGAUGAGUGGUCUGAUUCAGACUUAUCCCCAGGCAAACCAAGCCCUCGAUCAGUGACAUUUUCCACGGGGAUGACUAACCAAGGCUCAAAGGUCCAUUCAUUGGCACAAAGCUUAGAGAGGCAGCAGUCCAGACCAAAGGGAAAGCCGUUGGGAGGGGUGGAAAUCUUAAAAUCUCCUCCCAUCAAGUCACCAAAUAAAUCCAAAGCAGCAGAGAAAAUGCAGGAAUCGGAUGGGAGUGAAUAUGAGUUCUCCUCAUUGGAAGAAAUCACUGAGCACUUAAGCACAAACGAGGGAAAACCAAAACCAGCGGUGCGCCUGAGUGCAGAGUCUAUGGGAUCCCAAGGCACCAGCAUAUGGAGCAUAAGCAGCAUGAAGGGUGGGGGUCGGUGACAUGUAGGGAGUCUUUUCCACCAAGUUUAAUGUUCUCCAAACCCAGACCAAAAUAUCCUGAAUAAUAAUGGUAGCACAUAGAGAAAUGCCAAAAUGCAUAUUGUAAACACAUACCCUAAGGAAGAGAAGGCCUUAUGUUGAACCCAAGGGUCUUACACUAUUUGAUCAGGAGUCUGAAGACUUUUUAUUUAUUUUUUUUGCACUGGUAUUUUUGCCUUUUUUUUGUUUGCAUUUUUUUAUUCUUACUUUUGAAACUGCACAUUUUAUUUUGGGACUGUUUUUUGCCGAUUUAAGGAGUCUUGGCACCCAGUGAUUAUAAGUACGGCAGUACACUGGACUUACUUUUCACCUAUUGUUUUAACUGAGAUAUAGAGAGGGAAUUACAUAACUAUACACAAUUGUUUAUACACAAACUAUUUUCAGAAUGAGAGGAGGAUGUAAUACAAUCAUUGGUUAGUGUUUUAUAAGAGAAAUGUAAAUUAAAAGAUUAGCAAGAAUACAUUCUCAACACAUUCUCUAUUUAUUGAGCUCAUGUAGACCAAAGGUCAUGGUUCUUUAAUGAAAAAGAUGACUUUCCCAUUCCAUAGUUUAUUUAUUUUUCAUGCAUCUUAUAACUUCCAUAUUUUGUUUAUAUUUCCUCCAUUGAUUCUUGACAUGAGUUGGAAUGUUCAGAAUAGCAAACACAGGAAUUGGAGAUUAAGGAUAAAGUGAUCUAACACCUUCAUAACAAACAAAGAUUUUGCAAAAGUUAAUUUUUAUAGAUCAAAAGAGGCAUCUAUAUAUAUAUAAAUAUUAAAGAUGGGCGAAUUUAUUCGCCAGGCGCAAAUUUGCUGUGAAUUUCCGCGAUUUGCCGCCGGUGAAUAAAUUCACCAACAAAAUUUUUUGAGGCCUGCAACAGUUUCACUGCUGGCGAUGAUUAAUGGAUGCCCGUCAACUUUGUAAUUCGCGAAAAAUUAGCAAAACACAUAUUUCGCCGGCAUCAAAAUUCGUGUUUCGCGAAUUUUCACAGAUUACGCGGGGCAAGCGGGACAAAUUUGUCCAUUACUGAUAUAUAUAUACUAGGAAACAUGAUCCCUGUUUAGUAAUCCAUAUCAACCAACUAGACAGUUAUCUUUUAUAUUCUAGGCUUUGGGAUACAACACUAAUCCCGUGUUGACCCUUAGAGGCCCAGUUAUUAGUCAUGAGCAAAUUUUUUCACCAGGUGUGCAUUUGUGGCAAAUUUCUGUAUUUCACCAUCUGCAAAUUUUUUCUUCAAACUACGGCAAAAAUACACCAAAAAAAAAAAAUUGUUGCCAUGACAAAAAAAGUUGCCAUACAGAACCAUGCAGAAACAAAAAAGACGCCAUAACUACAGGGAAGUGUUGUACGGGUACUGAAAGCUUGUUAACUUAUGAAGGCUGGUGCUUCAUAUUGGGCCUGUGUGUGCUGUUAAAAUCUCCAUCCAGACAUAGAAUAGGGGUAGCUCAAGAACAAACACAUGAAACCAACAAUGGCCAAUCAAAGCCCUGACCUAUGUCCAGCUGUGGAUCUGUUUGACAUGUGCAUAAGUGUAACCUGAACACUAUGGAGCAAAUCUGCAAGGAGAUAUUGGCAAAGUUAGCACAUACUUACCGGUACCCCAAGCUGCUGCAACCAAAUUAUUAAAGUGUAGAGAUCGAAAACUUGUGCAAAAAAUGUAAUUUGUUGUUCUUAAGAUUUUUUCUCUAGGAAAUUAUUGCAAAUAUUUGAUUUGCAUUUCAGUGCUAACACAAAAAUAUCACAAAAAAUUGUAACGGGGGUAUGUAAUAAAAGACACUAAGUUUGCCCAGGAGCAGUAACCCAUAGCAACCAAUCAGUAGAUAGAAUUUACUGGUCACCUGUUUAAAAGCAAACAUCUUAUCGGUUACUAUGGAUUACUGCUCCUGGGCAAACUAAGUGCCUUUUACUACAUAUGGGGGCAUGGCUAUUCUGGGUUUUUUGUCCAGUAAAAUGAGAAUAUUGGUCAAGGGAUCACUUGUCAGUGUUUCUUUGGAAAAUAAAGAGCUUAGUGGGGGAAUGUAAUAAAAAUCGCUAACGGAAAAACUAUUCGCAAUGCGAAAA